GAAGUGGAGGUGGCAAAAAUGCUUCAGUUCACGGUCAUCUUUCCAAUAGUCAACCAGCCGGUCGCGAAUGGACUCAUUUCCGUUGUCGUUUUUCUCAAUUCCUGUUUUAUCAUGGACGUAAUACCUGAACGGAAAGUGUGUGGAGACAACGGAGGUCAGAAGAAUUCCAGGAAAUCUCUUCGAAUUGUGCUUUUGUGAUUGUUUGAGGAACCUGCACUGUUGCCACCAUGACUACCUGUUUGCUUUUGUAAAGAAACUUUGUGACCUAAUAUGCUGUCAGCACCACUUCGAAAAUGCAAAAGAUCUUUGCCUGUGAUAUUAUUUUUCGUCACCCUUGUUUUGGUGGCUGUUUGGAAAAUACACGAAAGAAACGAUAAUAAAAUUCAUCCCAAACACAUCUUCAGGGAGAACAAUCAAGAAGAAUAUAUCGACAGGCAUGGUAUUAAGGUUGUAGUUGGUCACUAUGUUGGAAAUCCCGUGCAUAAAAUUCCCAAUGCAACCUACGAUAUGAUCAACACUAACCAGUUUAAUCCAAUAGCAGAGGCAGGAAAAAAUGGCAAUCCAGUUGUCAUAGAACCCAAAGACUUAUUGGUAAUGCAACAACUAUUUCAAAUCAAUCGUUUCAACUUAUUGGCAAGCGAUAGAAUACCACUCAACAGAACUCUUCCCGAUUAUAGAAGAAAAAAGUGUGCUAACUUGUUUAAAAAUUACAAAGAAUACCCUAAAGCUAGCGUAAUAAUUGUGUUUCACAAUGAAGCUUGGUCAACACUUUUGAGAACAGUUUGGAGUGUCAUCAAUCGCUCUCCAUCUGAACUGAUAGAAGAAAUAAUUCUUGUUGAUGAUGCAAGUGAACGAGAAUUCCUUAGAAAACCGUUAGAAGAUUACAUCAAAACUUUGCCAACACGCACAAAACUUUUGAGAAGUCCAACUCGAAUUGGCUUAAUAAAAGCGAGGUUAAAAGGAGCGAAAGAAGCUCUCGGUGAUGUUCUGACAUUCUUAGACGCACAUUGUGAAUGUACCAAGGGCUGGUUGGAACCUUUAUUAUCUGUGAUAAAAACCGACCGUUCCACUGUAGUUUGCCCCGUAAUUGAUAUAAUAAACGACGACACUUUCGCAUACGUGAAAAGUUUCGAGCUUCACUGGGGCGCCUUUAACUGGAAUUUACAGUUCAGAUGGUACACUUUGGGCGGAAAGGAAUUGAAGCUGAGAAAGAACGAUGCUACGCAACCGUUUAAUUCACCGACGAUGGCAGGAGGAUUGUUUGCAAUUGACAGGAAAUACUUUUUUGAAAUCGGUUCCUACGAUGAAGGCAUGAAUGUAUGGGGUGGAGAAAACUUGGAGAUGUCUUUUAGAGUGUGGCAAUGUGGAGGUAAAAUACAAAUCGCCCCUUGUUCUCAUGUUGGACAUAUUUUUCGGAAGUCUUCUCCGUAUUCUUUUCCUGGAGGAAUCGAUAAGACUUUGUUUGCAAAUUUGGCUAGAGUGGCUUUAGUUUGGAUGGACGAAUGGGCUGAAUUUUAUUUUAGGUACAACGAAAAAGCCAGACUUGUUAAAGAUAAGCUUAACAUAACUUCAAGACUGGAGCUGAAACAGAGAUUGCACUGUAAAAAUUUUGAGUGGUACUUGGAUAACGUGUGGCCUCAACAUUUUUUUCCUAAAAAAGAUCGUUUCUUCGGUAGAAUUCGUAACAAAGGUGAAAAUUUGUGUUUAAUCAAACCUGAAAGAAAAGGAAUUUCUAAUCAGCCAAUGGGAAUGGCUAAAAUUGAUGCGUGUUUGAAAGACGACGUUGCUAUGGAGAUGUUUGUUAUGACUCCUGAAGGAUUUAUAAUGACCGACGAUUCGAUUUGUCUCGACGCUCCUGAAAGGGUCGUUAUUGGUCCUUCGAAAGUCAGGAUUAUGGCUUGCAGCGGAUUCACACGUCAACAAUGGAAAUUUGAUAAGGAUACUGAAGAACUAAUUCAUGUGACGAAUCAUAAGUGUUUGGAUAUUUCUGACUCUAAGUCCUUCACUGAUGGACUGAUUAUCACAGAUUGUAACGGGAGCAAAUCUCAAAAAUGGCAGCUUGAGGAAGUUCCUUGGAGAUGACAAAACUAAUUUACAUAAGACUCUACUUUUUGUACUUUGAUACUUUUGUAAAUAAAUUAAUUUUGAAUAAA